AUGUCCAUCCCAGACGUGCGGGCAGAAGCGUCUGCAAGUUCACCGGUCAGGAGCCGGCGCCUGUCAGAGCGCGGGGACAUGCGCACACGUGCACCCCCGGACGUGCGCGCCCACACGCAGACGCGUGCGCUCCCUGCCCGCUCGCUACUUACGCUGGUCCCGCCUUCCCUGUGCUUAGACGCGUGCGCACCGCGCCUCUGGAGAGCGUGGCGGGUGCCGGGGGGAUUCUCAGAGUUCCGGAGAACCGCUACUCCUCGCCCUUUCCAGGUCACCGUGACUCAGCAUCCUCGGAACUCAAAUAAUUCUGGGCAGAGAAAGAAAGGCCAGAAGUGGCAGUGA